UUCGCAGCUCAGCGCUGUUCUCGAAGGUCUGAAGGGAGAAAUUACGAGGAUUCAGUGAAGGCAGCAAGAGAAUUGUUGCAUUUGUCCCACAACAGCGCCAUCCCUCCAUGCUCUGUUUUUUUGUGGAAGACCCCUAAAAGGGAAGUGUUUGGCAAGGAAAGGGUUAAGGAGUUUGUAGGGUCCCGGUCGAUGCCCCCUCUCCCACACGUCGCCAUGAACAAAUGAGUUCGCGGGGAAUUAAAUAUCAAUUCCACAAAGGAGAAAGAGUCCUGUGCUUUGAACCCGAUCCUACCAAGGCUAAAGUGUUGUAUGACGCUAAGGUCAUUGAUGUCCUAAUAGCUACAGAUGAUCAUGGAAGAAGAAUCCCAAAGUACCUGAUUCAUUUCAAUGGUUGGAACAGGAGCUGGGAUCGUUGGGCUGCAGAGGAUCAUGUCCUAAGGGACACUGAGGAAAACCGUAAAUUGCAACAUAAACUGGCUCGCAAAGCACUAGGUCGCAUGAAGAGAAAGGGAUGGGCGAAGAGGCGUCGUCGUCAGUCUGGUACUAAGUCCUCUCUGAAGACUCUCCCUAAGGAGGACGACAGUGAUGACGCAUGUUUGAUUUCGUCUUCAGAGAGUAGCGACGGUGACGAUUCUGACCCUGAAUCAUCAAAUAGCGGGGACAGCACCUUCUCUGAGGACAUCAACAAAAUGAGGGUUGAGCCAGACAUUAAUGUUAAGAGGGAAUGUGAGGACAAGAUCGUCCACGUUGACAUCAACAUUCCAGAUAUUCUGAAGAAGAAACUGGAGGAUGACUGCUUUUACAUCAACAAGAGGAAGAAGCUGGUUAUGGUUCCCUGUCAGACGAAUGUGGUGCACAUCCUGGAGUCCUACGUCAAGCACUUCGCCAUCAACAAAGCAUUCAUGGCCAACGAGAGGUACCGUCGUCAGCAGAACACCACGCAGAACAGCAGCCCACAGCCAGUCCCACCAGAGAAGAGCGAGGAGUUGUGUAAGGAGAUGGUUGACGGCCUGAGGAUCACGUUUGACUUCACCUUACCCAUGAUCCUCCUCUACCCUUGUGAGCAGGCUCAGUUCAAAAAGGUCAGCUCCUCCAGGCUUUUCCUGACUAUCAAUGAAAGCUCCCCCUGCUCCAGCAACGCCCAACGGGAGCGCAGCCCAAGCCCUUUGGGACACAACCCACCCACCCCCCAGUCAACAGACAGUCAACCAGCUCUGAGCGAUAUUUCUGCCACCACACCCACUGCCCCAGCUCCCACCCCGAAGCGCCGGCGUCACCCCGACAUGGACUGUAUAUCAUACCAGUCUCAGUCACUCAGGCGCUCCACUAGGAAUACAUCUGGAGGUGACCGACCAGCUGAAGGAAGCAGUGGAGGUGGAGGCAGUGCCACAGCUUCGCCGCAGCUGAAACGCCGUUUGGUCGACACCUCGUCCCAGCCAAAGUUCUUCCUUAACCUCGACAGAAAGACCCCUGUGCACAGCGGCUCAUCUUCCCCGUUGCCCUUGACACCAAGCAAAGAGCGAAGCGGGCCUUUCUAUGGUUUGGAGAGCCGGAGAAACAAUGAGCUAAAUGAGGUCCUAAGUUGGAAGCUGACUCCCGAUAACUACCCACUGAAUGACCAACUUCCUCCACCCUCCUACCUGUACGGAGCACAGCACCUCUUGCGGCUCUUUGUGAAACUUCCUGAGAUCCUGGGAAAGAUGCAGAUCCCUGAGAGGAAUCUCAGAGCCCUGGUCAAGCAUUUGGAACUGUUUCUCAGGUUUAUGGCAGAGUUCCAUGAGGAUUUUUUCCCUGAGUCGGCAUAUGUGUCCGCAUCAGAGGCCCACUACAACAUGAAACAGCCGAGGCCGGUUUACUGAAGGAGACAUCGGUGUUACCUUCUUCGGUUAUCUCUGACAUGACCUCUCAGGGUUUGUGUACAGAGCACUGCUUUCUCUGGAGUUCAUCUGUUUUGUCUUCCUGGACCUUCUUUCUCCUCUGGCCUAAUGGUAGUUGUCCUGCUGUUGCCAUGUGGAACCGGUCGUUUCUGCCAUGCCACUAACCCUCACCUAUGCUCUGUUUGUUGGGACUGUCCUGCAUGUCAAGCCACCUUGUGCUGCUUUGCUUCAGUGUGCUGCUUUACAGCGUGUCAAGUGUGGUGUGUUGGCAUGUGCUGCCUCUUUGUAGGCCGCAUGUGAAAGGUUUAAUUGAUAGGAGCCAGCUGCUCAUCUGUUUUUUUUGGGGGGGGGUUUUGUUUGAAACAAAACAGGUUUGAGUGACUCAGCUGCGGAAACAGAUGUAAUGAGCGCUGUUUGACUUUGUCUCCCUUCAUCGACACAGUUUUGAAAUCUUGUGGUCUGUUCAUAGAAGGGAAAGGGGAAAACACAGACUGAAAAGCCUGGUGUUCCUUUUCUUCCUGCCUAUUAAGCUGAUUUUGGAUCAACUUUUGGGCAAUGUUUGCUUGUUGUUAUUGACUUCCUGUAAGCACCUCCUUUGCAGUGCUGGAUCGUCUUCUGGAUAUGAUUCCACUAAUGCUACAGUAGUGUUAGCUGCUUUCAUUGAGAAAUUCUAAAUUACUGACUCUAUAAACUCUUUCAAUCAGGGAUGUUGUUUUUCCCCUGGUUUUUGAAUGCUUUUUCUUGGAUGUGUAAUGUCCACGAGAGACGUUUUUAUUUUAGUUGCGCUGCCUUUCAUGUUGUCAUGUGCAUAUCUGUUAAAUGUCUAUAGCAGUUUAUUUUUAUUAUUUUGACUUUUCCUCCCUGUGUUCUCUCACUAUGGCUGCCUUCUUGGCUGAAGCACGACGGCAAAUGUGCGGCAUAAAAAUCACGUGUUGCUCCUUCAUUUUCAUUGACGCAGCAAAGUUGCAGUAUCUCAUUGUGGAGGUAAUCCUGGUCAGCAGUUUGUCAAAAUUGAAAAAUAUAAAGGAUUCUUUUUAGACCAGCUCGGUUAAGUGAGCACCCAAAAAAAUAGGCAUGAAUAUGUCAUAUAUACGUUUAUUUGAUCUACAACUGAUGAUUUGCGAGGAAUCACUUGUAAAUGCAACAAAAGCGAUGGUUACGGUUACACAUCAUCACAAAGUAAAAAUGUAAAUACAGAACACCUGAUUAUCAGUAUGUUAUUUAUUCUUCUUGGCACGCCACAGGAUCACUGUUCAAAUGGUAACUGGUUGUAAAAUACUUGACAAGACCCAUUCCAGGUAAUACUUGGUCUCAGCCAUUUUAACAAACACGUUUGUCAAUAGAGAAUCACAAAGUUCGCUGUAUUGUUGUACACUUGUAUGUAUUUAAUGUUAUGUACAGAGCUUGAAUUGCAUAGACUGUUAGCCUUUAACAUUGUGUUUAUGUUCAACAAUGCCUGUUUUUUUUUAACUCUGUUUUCUUUAAGUUUAAAUAAAGACUCUGAAGCUUA